AUGUCAGCCUCACCGUCCGAUGACCCCAUUAUGAAGGAGGAAGAGGGUACUCCUGCCGCUACCAAAGUUAUGGACCGCGUCCCUCCCAAUGGUGGCGCCAAGGCAUGGGCCUGUGUUGCUGGCUCAUUUCUUCUUCAGUUCUGCUCUUUUGGCUAUGUCAAUGCCUGCGGUAUCUUCCAGCUGUACUACCAGCAAACUAUGUUCAAGGAGCAAAGCUCGUCGUCUUUGGCCUGGAUCACAACCCUUCAGAUAUUUUUACUAUUCCUGUUCGGCCCCGCGGUUGGAAAACUAAUUGAUGUCUACGGUUGUCGCAAGACACUUCCUCCCUUCAGCAUCAUGGCUGUCUUUUCUGUGUGCAUGCUCAGUCUAUGCACCCAGUACUGGCAGGUUAUGUUGGCUCAAGGCGUUGCCUUUGGGUUUGCUGCUGCAGGAUUAUCCCUUCCCGCAAUGGCAACAGCCACUCAGUGGUUUUCUACCAAAAAGGGCCUUGCAGUGGGGAUUGUCUCGGCUGGUAGCAGCCUUGGAGGGAUCAUCUACCCGUGCAUGCUUCCCCGUUUAAUUGAGGAAGUCGGCUUUGCUUCUGCCGUUCGCUGGACUGCUCUGAUGCAGGGAAUACUCUUGAUAAUCGCCAACGUUCUCUGCUCAUCCCCAUUUCCCCCGCUGAGCAAAUCGUCCCCCACCGAGAAGGGUGUCGAUGCUCCUCGGAGCAGUGGAAUCCAAGGAUUCAAAAGCUGGCCCUGGGCGUUCUUCAUUCUUGGAUGUUUUUUUACGAUGUGGGGUCUCUUUGCACCUCUCAACUACCUCCCUGAGAUGGCAGCCCUACAUGGCUUUGGAUAUUUCGCCCAAUACACCUUAGCCAUUGCCAACGCUGGAUCACUCAUCGGUCGAAUCGUACCUGGGUGGGCUAGUGAUAUCAUCGGCCAAUUUAAUGCCAUGUUUCUUGUUACCACACUUUCAGGUGUCUUGGUCUUAGCCUUUUGGCUUCCACUGGAAUUCCAUACUUCCUUAGCUGGUGUCAUUGUCUUUGCCUUGCUCUUCGGGUUUGUCAGUGGUGGGUUUGUCAGUCUAGGCCCCCCCUGUGUUGUCUCUCUCGCAGACGAUCGUGUGGACGAGAUUGGCGUGAAGCUUGGUGGUUUCUGUUUAGCAAUUGCUUUGGGUGCCCUCACUGGGCUUCCUAUCGAGGGAGCAAUUAAGGACAGAGAAGGUGACAAAUUUAUAGGCCUGAUGUGCUUUGCAGGGGCAACCAUGUUCCUUGGAGGUUUCUGUAUUGGCGUUGCUCGAGUAUUAAAGGGGGGCUCAAGUCUCAUGAAAAAGGUCUAA